GUGAGAGAGUGAGUAAAGCUUAGUGUGUGUGUUUUCUUUCUGCCAUAUAUAGGGGCAAACUUGCUGAGAUGAGGUUGUGUGUUAUAUAGUCUGUGAACUAUCUGUAAACCUCACUUUCUUUCUAUCUUUCUUCUAUACCCUCGGGACUAUAAGAAGUUCUGCAUACUUGGCCUGCUUUAACCACAGUUGGAGGAAAAUUAUUAAGAAUUUGAUAGAUUACUUUGUCCUGUUGAUUUUGAAGAUCUGUUCAGUUGCUGGCAAACAUGGAAGGACUGAAUGACGUUCAUGAUGACGGAUCCUUCAUGUUCACCUCAGAGUCUGUGGGAGAAGGGCAUCCAGAUAAAAUCUGUGACCAAAUCAGUGAUGCAGUUCUUGACGCACACUUGAAGCAGGACCCGGAUGCUAAAGUGGCCUGUGAAACUGUUUGUAAGACUGGUAUGGUACUUCUCUGCGGUGAGAUCACAUCUCGGGCCAACGUUGACUACCAGAAUAUUGUGCGUGACACCAUUAAACACAUUGGAUACGACAACUCUGAAAAAGGCUUUGACUAUAAAACCUGCAAUGUGCUGGUGGCUCUCGAGCAGCAGUCUCCUGAUAUAGCGCAGGGUGUCCACAUUGACAGACAUGAAGAAGACAUUGGAGCUGGAGACCAGGGGCUCAUGUUUGGCUAUGCCACUGAUGAGACGGAGGAGUGCAUGCCACUCACAAUUGUCCUCGCUCACAAACUCAAUGCCAAAAUGGCCGAACUGCGGCGGGAUGGCACCAUCCCAUGGCUCCGCCCAGACUCAAAAACUCAGGUCACUGUGCACUACAAACAGGAGAAUGGCGCUGUGAUACCUUUGCGUGUCCAUACAGUGGUCAUCUCCGUCCAACAUGAUGACUACAUUUCACUGGAGGAGCAGCAGCGUAUUCUGAAGGAGAAGGUCAUCAAAGCUGUGGUGCCAGCAAAAUAUCUCGACGAUAAUACUGUCUACCAUCUGCAGCCAAGUGGACGCUUUGUCAUCGGAGGGCCUCAGGGAGAUGCUGGUGUCACGGGUAGGAAGAUUAUUGUAGACACAUAUGGUGGAUGGGGGGCUCAUGGUGGUGGGGCCUUCUCUGGAAAGGACUACACCAAGGUGGACCGCUCUGCUGCCUAUGCUGCACGCUGGGUGGCUAAGUCUCUGGUGAAGGCCAAACUGUGCAGAAGAGUGUUGGUUCAGGUGUCUUAUGCCAUUGGAGUCGCGCACCCUCUCUCAAUCUCCCUCUUCACCUAUGGCUCAUCGGAAAAAACAGAGAAGGAGUUGCUACAGAUUGUCAACAAGAACUUUGACCUCCGACCAGGUGUCAUUGUUAGGGACCUGAACCUGAAGAGGCCGAUAUACCAGAGCACCGCCUGCUACGGUCAUUUUGGCCGAUCAGAGUUCCCCUGGGAGACGGCCAAGAGUCUCAAGGUUUAGAGGCGUGCGAGUCCUACCUUCAGUCAUUCAGUCGCUCUUUCCUCCAGCGCUCCUCUCUCAACUGAUUUUGGUUCUCUUCCCGCAUAUGCUACAUUUCAGAUUAGAUGAAUAUACUGUAAAUGUAAAGAUUGAUAAAUGAAAAGACGUCUGUUGUGAAAGGAUCCCUCACAACUGUUUCAUCACGUCGACACUCAUGACAAUCGAUCAUUCCUUAAAACUGAAGUGCGUCCUAUCCCAGCUUGCCAUAGAGAAAA